AUGCCCCCCUCAACCGCCCAGAAACCUCUCACCCUAAUAGUCGCAACGACACCCAUCCCGCAAACGCACCCCAAACCCACCACCCGGCUCGGCAUCGGGCUCAACGGCACGCUCCCCUGGCCGCGCAUCAAAGCCGACAUGAGUUUCUUCGCGCGCGUGACAACACGCACGUUCCAGCCGCGCGAGACGAACGCGAUGAUCAUGGGUCGGAAGACGUACGAUUCUGUGCCGGCGCAUCUGAGACCGCUGGGGAAGAGGAUGAGUGUUGUUGUUUCGAGGGAUGCGUCGGGGGCUGUGGGGGAGAGGGUUAGGAGGGAACUAGAGGAGAAGAGGGGGAGGGAGGGUGCUAAGGCUGCUGCUGAUGCUGCUAAGGCUGCUGAUGCUGGGAAAGCUGCUACUGUAACUGGGGAAGGACAGGCUACGGAUGCGGUUGUCUGUUCUGGGUUAGAGAAUGCGUUGGAGAUGUUGGAGAAUGGUCCUGAGGUGGAGGGGAGACUGGGACAGGUGUUUGUUAUUGGCGGGGCGGAGAUCUAUGGGUCGGCGUUGAGGUUGGAAGGGGGCAGGCCGCUGCGGAUUGUGAUGACUUAUGUGGAGAAGAAGGAGGAGGGGGCUGUGUUUGAGUGUGAUACGUUUUUUCCGGUGGAUGAGGAGCUGGAGAGUGGUGAUGGGUGGCGGAGGGUGAGUGCGGACGAGGUGUCUGGGUGGGUUGGGGAGGAGGUUACGGGGGAGUGGAGGGAUGAAGGCGAGGUAAGGGUUCGGAUGGUUGGGUAUGAACGAUUACAGUAG